AUGUGGUUGCCUGCUCAACUGAGAAUGUGCAAACGAUCUGAGGUCGAAUAUUGCGUGUACGAUAUCUUUGACAACAUCGCCUCAACGCUCUCAUGCAAUGCACCUCCUCCAGCCGCUCAGCACAUCUGUCCUAAGACAGCAGCAAGAUGUGCCACUGAGUACCAAGAUCCCGCCAUCGCUGAGCCGAUGCUCAAUUAUCUCAUACUCUUUGGCACGAAGGCAGACACGACUCAGAGCUGA